AUGGGCAUUCUAACAUACAUUUUUGACUCUUUGGAGGAACACAAGAACGCUGUUGCAAUCUUUGUCCUACUUUCAGUCAGUUGAUCCUACGUUCAACCACGGAAAUACGUGUCAAACGCUUACAGAGAACAGUACCCAACUAUCAAUGCAGUAUAUAACUUGUACUUCCAUCCUCUUUCAAAACAUACUGGUCCUAAACUAUGGGCCGCUUCAAGACUGCCGUUAAUAUACUGUCUCAUCACCGGCCAAUUAGUCAAACGGGAAAAGGAAUUCCACGAGAAAUACGGCGACUUUUUCCGUCUCGCUCCGGACGAGGUCUCGUUCGCGAGCGAGGAAGCAUGGAAUGAUAUAUACAAUUUUCGCAAAGGACAUAAACGAGCUUUGAGAGAUAAGGCGUAUUAUGUUGGUGAGUAGCAUGACUUGGAAAUAUCUCUCGUGUAUUACUGAUAGCUCAGCACCCGAUGCAAAUGUUGAUAACAUCAUCACAACAACCGAUUUCCGAUUCCACGCUCGCAUUCGCGGAAUCCUGAGCAACUCGUUCACGGAAGCCUCACUUAAAAGCCAAUAA